ACGGCUCGCUGGAGGAAAGCGGCGCGUACAGAAAUGCUCACAAGAGCAGAGACGAUGGGCUGCCGGCAUAUGCAAGCAAAAACAAAAACACCAUCUCAGAUGACAACAAAGAGCAGAGCAGCUUUUUUGUCCCAGAGACAGAAACGUCGGCGCCCGAAUACUGGCGUGAGAAUCCAGACCAAAGUCAAGACACAAACUCUCCCGUAUCGCUCAAGAAGGAUGUUGAGAACAUGGAAAAAGAGGAACUCCAGAAAGUUCUCCUUGAACAGAUAGAUUUACGGAGGAGACUGGAGCAGGAGUUUCACGCUCUGAAAGGCAGCUCUCCAUUUCCAGUUUUCCAUAACUUUCAGGACCAAAUGAAGAGAGAACUGGCUUACAGGGAAGAAAUAGUGCAGCAGUUACAGAUGAUUCCAUAUGCAAACAUCAUCAGAAAAGAAAAGGUCGUGACACAUCUAAACAAAAGCUAAAUGGUAAAUUCGUUUGAAACAAAAUCAAGCUGCUCUCAACAUCUUUUGACAAAAGAGCUUAAAUCAUCCCCAUCUCUAUGAGGAAUCAUCAAGCAGCCUCUCGACCGGAUCAGAUGUUGAACGCUGCCUUUGACAGACCACCUCAUCGAUGUCCAUCUCUCAGUCUAACCAAAACUGAUACACAGCACAGUUCAAUGCAUCUACCAAUGACUUAGAGCUCAUUUGACGUAUUUCCUGUACAGUAACCCCACUUUGAUUAUUUAUGAACUUAUUGAAGUUUAUUUAUUACCCAUGCAUUCACUGGUUUAUUGAUAACAGCAAACUGUACAAUGAUAUUAGCUGAUGUCUAAGAGCUGUCUGAAAGCGUGUACACU